AUGAAUUUCCUCCGUCGGUUGGCGCAGCAGACGAAUAAUCCAACGUCGUCUACGCGCCUCCCAUUGCCUCGCGAGGAACCGCGCGAGCGCCCGGACGACGAAGAUCAUUGCGUGACGAGCGAAGCGUCGUGCGUACCGAGCGUCGUGCACGCGACGUUCGAUGAGCACGCGGACGAGGAACUGAUUUUCCUGUGGAGCGUCGCGUCCGGCGCUGGAGUUGAGGACGGACGUGUGGACGCGCUGUGCGCGUUCUUCGACGCAUUCGCGGAGGUUUACGCGGGAUGGGAGCCGAAACUUGACGUCUCGAGCCACACAGUCGACGUCGGGUGCGCGAGGGCGCAUCCGGGAGAGGUAACUGCGGCGGCGCUGGAGACAGUGGCGAACCUACCGGCGACAUUAGAACGCGCGCUGAUCGGAUCGCUCGACGCCGGCGCGCGAGAGCGUCGCCAUCGCAUGUUAGGCAUAGAAAUAUUUAGGGGACUGGAGGUGAUCGCGAAGUCGCCUCACAACAGGGUGUUCAUGGAACAACUCGAGGCGAGUAAAACACUCGCGAGCGCGUGCAAAGCGUGCUCACAGCAUUUGUUGACGAUGAGCGCGGCCGCGGACUCCGCCCCGGGUGCCGUGAGAAAUGAGGCUGAGGUGAUGAUGAAUGCUCUACAACGCAUCAUUUCAAGCAUUGUCAACGUGAUUGCUUGUUUUGUGGAUGAUUCAUGGGCGCUUCGUUCGUUCAAUGAAAGUGGCGCUCUGUUGGGUGUGCUUGAGGUGCUGCGUGUCGAGAAGAUUGUCGCCACUCGUUCGUUAGGCGACUCGCGCUUUAUCGCGAUCGAUAUCCAAUGCGCGGCGUCGGUGUGUAUUAGUCGCGUCAUGGACAAAGACGUAGCCAUCCAACGAAGCUUGGCGGCGGCGGGCGGUCUGGACAUGUUCUUCAAGGGGGUAUUUCCACGCGAUGUAGACGUAGAUGCUGGACUCUUAGCGUCCUGUUUGAUGUCGCUUGAGAUGUCCGUAAGUGUGUUGAAAGGUAGUAAGUCGCACAUCGAGCGCGCAACGGGGAUGGGAAUGUUCGAUCAGCUCACGCGCCUGAUUCGGCGCGCAAAUGAACUGAGCGAGGACCAUGACGAUGCGGCGCGCACGAAGAGUCCGAUAUCGGUCAUAUUCGGCGCUCGAGGGUGCAAAAGUACCUUAGAUUCAGCGCUUUUCAGUGAUGACACCGUUGACGAGAGUGAAGUCCUGGGAGAGGUGUUCAGAACGCUCAUGCAAGUCGUCGAGUGUAAUAUGGACGAUGAUGAGGAUAGUGGGAGGGCAAGCCAAGAGGCGCGAGAGAUACUGCUUCAGUACACUCUCGGAUCAGUCGUAGAGUCGUGCUCGAGCGUCUACAGUCAAUUCGCUGAUGAAGUAAGUUGUCUACGGAUCCGUUUGUACGCCAUCAACUUCCUUUCGAGAUGUCUGGAUCUCGACGCGUCGAUCAUUCACGCCCUUCGGAAGGUUAGACUUUGGGACAUUUUACUAGACGUGGAUACUUUCGGGGCGAUACCGUCGGUGAUAAACGAAAGUGAUGACGCCGCGCACUAUGAUGAAGGUGUUUCAAUGCUCAGGCGAAGGGUUCAAACUCAAACAGCAGCGCUGCUGCUAAAAGUUUGUCGAAUCUCCGCAAAUACGUCGGACUGCGUUGCUGAAUGCAACGUGCUCAUAGGAAUCGUCACGAGCAGGGCAAUGCAGCCUUCGAUCGUCGUGAGGUUUUGUAGAGUACUAGAGCUCCUUUUGUUGGACUCGUCGCAUUCCACGAGCAAGGCUUUAUCAGAAAUCGAAGCUCCCGGUAGACUUGCCGGCGCACUCAGUGCUCAGUUGAAGUGCUGGGGCGGUGACGAAGUCUCGGAUGUGGAACAAGAAGGAGCACGUCCGGUAUCCGUCGCAAUAGGCUCGACUUUAAGUGCGCUGAGCGCGUGUCUGAACGGUCCAGAUGUGCUUGCUGUGUCGGCGUUGAAUAACGAUGGUGUUCCAGAUCUGAUACUUAAUGAACUCCUAUGGGCGAGAUCCACUCGCGAUUUUGCGAUUUCAGCCACUAUAUCCCUCAUUGGGCGUCGAGUGCACGGCCCUUCGACACACGUGACUAGUGCUCAGCGGGAAGCUUGGACGACAUUGAUUCGAAGAUUCAUUCAAGCUCUUCCUCGCGCAAGAUCGAGCGAUUUAGAAUUACUGACAGGGAUGAUGUCUGGAUUACGUCAAAUGUUGAAUAAUCCGAACGGCUCGGGCGCCGGACUUCGAGACUGGAUAUCAGCUGAAGAUGGUGCCGAUUUCGUGCAGAUAGUGGCACUCUGUGAUGGCGAUGCAGGUGAGCAGGUAGCUCUGGAUGUCAUCGGGACUGUUCGUGCAUUCAUUUCCGACUCAUUCUCUGCCGCGGCCACCUUUGAAGUUGCCGUCGGCUACGACACUUUUAUGGACGCCAUUCAGUGCGCUAGAGGGACAAAUACGCUUUCGAAGCCUCUCUUCGAUGCACUUAUGAGUUUUGCGAUCGACGGUGAAUACCAUCUUGAGCGAGCUUCUCGUGAUAUCGCGCUGAGGAAUUCGAAGGCAUUGGCUAUUUUACUCAGUUUCUUCACACGGCUCGAUGCGACGGACGAACUCAGAGAUGAAUUCAUUGCGGCACUCCGUUUGAUGUUGUCAUCAUCUGUGACGUCAAAGGCGACUGCCGAUGCAGCAGGCGUUUUGGACUUUCUCAUUCAGCUGUACAGCACGGAUGACACUCGCCGACAGGCUGUGCUUGAACUUAUCGGAUAUUGUAGCACGUUCUCGCUGUCAACAAAGCAUGUUCGCCGGGUAUUUGAAGUGCUGCAGGGCGAAUCGGUUGGAACGGAUGACAAGAUGCAGAUCUUGCGAAUUUUACAAAAUUCAGCGAAACGAUAUGGUCCAUCGACUUUCUUUGAUUUCACUGGCCCAGGAUGUGGCAUUCACGUCAAUAAAAAUCUGAUAUUGUCAUCACGAAAUGGUUACACUGUAUCCAUGUGGUUUCGCAUCGAAAAGUUUCCAGAUUCUGGAGCUCCGAUUCCGUUAUUUACCAUGAUGUCUGGCUCUGGUAACGGAAUUCUCGCGGAAGUUCAGGCUCACAGACUUACUUUGGGCAUUCGUGGUAGCGUUGGCGUCGUUGAAACGGUAUCGAUUGAUUUCAACUUGCUUGAGAAUGAGUGGACGUUUUUUACUUUGGUACACCUUCCGGUUCGGAUGUCACAGCCGAUCGUACGAGUAUUCAUCGGGGCUGACAUGGUCGCUCAGUCGAAACUUCGGUUUCCUGUCAAGUCCACUGAGUCAUUUUCCCACUGUCGAAUCGCAUCCGUGACGUUUGACACGAGUUUGAAGGAUCCGCAUGUGAAGGUGGCGCCUUUCUUCGGCCAACUGGGUUCAACGCAUAUAUUUGACGAUGCCAUAUCACAACCGGCAAUCGCGAUUAUCCACGCUCUCGGUUCCGAGUACGCUGGGCGUUUCAAAUCGACAGAAUCGCAAACCGAGCGUAUUCUUGCCGCGGUUGGCAUGAGUGCGAUCGAAGCCAGAGACACUCGCGAUUAUCUCGCGGAGCAUUGUAUACUUAACAUCAAUGCAAUUACCGAGGGUGGGCGAAUGUCGCAGUUGCUCGAUUUGCACGGAUCAAAUGAAUAUGAUAUGAUAGGAGGUGCAAAAGUGUGCGUUACGCGAUCUGCAAGAGAUGUUGUGCACUGCCUCGGAGGCGUGCAAGUUGUACUUCCCAUAUUUUCCGAAGUCGUCAAACACGUCGAAGAAUCUAGGCGUGCUGAGCUUGUAUGCGAAGGUAUUUGUCUCUUGAUCUCUCUGUUGGAUGGGAAUAGGCUGAAUCAGUUCACUUUAACGUCUAUUGAUGGAUACGCACUUAUCGCGAAUCUCUUACGAGAGAACGCGAGCACACUGCUAAGCCCAGAUUUACUCACAGCCUUGGAUCGACUUAGACGUGCUGCUGGUAUCGAAAAUGAGUCAGUAUCGGCGCGAGUUGUUUUAGAUCUGCAUCUUUGGUCCAUGGCUGAUGCUAAGACGCAAAAGGCGCACGGUGAAUAUCUUGCAUCGUUAGCGUCCCAGCACGCAGAAGGGUUGCGCUUCCACUUGCCAACGAGCGAUCUCAUCGAUGCUCUUGAGCUUUCGCCGGGAGAAAGUGGCUCCUCUCGGCGACGAAUGUUACUCGACGUUUUGAAGAUCCUGGUGAUGAGUGCACAUGUCCAAGUCGUCGAGGAGACGGUUGAGACAAUCGUGAGUGUGAUUGAAGACUGUGCUGACGAAGAUGUUGUCGGAGACGUCCUCCGAUGGCUUGUGAACUGCAUGCAACCAGGCGAGUCAUUACAAGCCGCAUUUUACCAGUCAUUCACUCGACACGGCGGUCCUCUUCUAGUGCUGUCGCCGUUGAGUAGGAGCUCCAAGCGAGUGAGAUCGUUCGCGUUGUUGUGGUUGGCGACUCUCAUGCCUCCGCUGGAAACACCAAUGAGUGCAUCAUCGCACCUCUCAGCCGCAUUUGGUGCGGCUGCAGGAGCGCUGACGGCGACACUCGGUGCAAAGCUCACGCCAACGACUGGGCAAGACUUUGAGAUUGGUUUUUUCACAGCUAUUGCGAACGCUUUAGAACAGUUCCCGCUCGAUAUUGCGGAAUCUCGACCCGCGCUCUUCGAGCUCCUGCUCGGAGGUCAGGCGUUGCCAGCAGAAAAAGUUGCGGAGAAACUAGAAAUUAGUCGCAGUUCAAGUCUACGGGCUGCGGCGGGUAGACUGUUUUCGAAGGUGCAAAGACAGAGUGACCCGCUUAGGGAUAAAGGAUUAAAUGAGGUUGGUGUACCGGGAAUCGUCAACGCAGGCGCCGCGGGAGUUUUACUGCGACUGAUGAAUGUCUGCGAUGAUCCCGAGAUGCGGUUGAGCGUUCUUGAGUUGCUUCUUCAACUUGUUGAGGGCGCUAGUGUGAACGCUCAAGCUGUGCUUGGUCAGCGCGGAUGGCAGGCCUGGAUUCUACCGAUCCUUCGUGAUGAUGGCGACCCAAUCCGAUCAGAAGAAAGGUCCAUGGGUUGUCGGUUGAUCACUGCUCUUCUCGCGCACUCUGUACUGCGAACCGAGGACGGCCACCGCCACGUAUCGAAUACGCUCGGCGUUGUUGACAUUUUGAUCAAACGCGGCGUGCUCGCUGACGAUUCCAAUUUGGCACUCGCUCUGUUGACAGAUUUACUAUCUCUCGUGAUUCCCAGCCGCAGCUCUGCGAAUGAUCAAGAAGACUGGUCUGAAGUCAAUAGCGUCGAAUCGCCCAUCUGUCGGCGCAACCUCGCAAAGUUAUUGCCAAUCUUCGAUUCAAUCAUAUCGGAUACCGCGUCCGCAUCAGCAAUGCUCGGCGUGCCGAAUGCAGCGAGUGAUGUGAAGGCGAUCGAUAGACUGUCUUGGAAAUUUUAUGACAGCUUGUGGAAUCUACUCGACAUCAUCUCGCCACCUGGGCAAGCUUUGGAGAGCGCGGAAGAGAUCAAGGACACUGCGAAGAAUGCGAACAUCGCGCAAAAACUGCAUCGACGAGCGAGAAGUAUGAUGCGCGAUUUACCAUUCUCUGCAAAUCGUGAGGACGAUUUUGACAGCAUUCACUCAGUCGAAGCAUUGCGCGAGGGUUGUCAAGGCAUGGGCUUCAAGCUAGCUCUACUGUACGUACGAGCAGGCUCGCUUGAAGGUUUGGAAUCCAUGAUGAACAAGUGCACCGGGUUGCUACCAUCCUUCCUGGCCCCAUUUACCGUCGAUAGUGACGCAAAAUCGAUGGAUACGACGCUGAUGAGUAACAGGGCCCAUUUGUUCAUCGCUGACUUGAUACGUUUUGUAGAACUUGGCAAGGCGAGUGAAGACGAGGACAUGCGAGCGCGCGUAAACAUCGUAUCGAAUCUAGUUCGUUUAUCUUGCGAGGUUGGAAGGUUCCUUCUGUCUGACUGCGAAAGCAUCGAGCAAUCCGCUCAUUUGGAUGGUCGAGACUUAAUAUCGGAGCAGAAAGUUGCCGCCGCAGCGGUGAAUGAAGUCAAAGAAGCACGAAAAGUGAAAGAGUUACGCGCCAAAGUCAGUGAAAAUUUCCUCGCUGAACGAACACGCGACGAACAGAGACAAGUACAGGCCGAAACGGCGCUUUUAGAAACGCGCAAGUCAAAGGUCACUCCCGUGAGUGAACGCGAACGCGCGCGUCGAGCGAUGCAGCGUCUCACUUUUGACGAACGCUGUGAUAUGUUGGAUCGACGAUGGUCAUCUAUCUUACAUGGCCUCCAAGGGGAACGCGGUGCUUGGGCGCUUGGAAGCAGCGAUGCGACCAUACACUGGAAGUUGGACAAGUCCGAGGAUUCUGCAAUGCGACGCGCGCGAUUGAAGCGAGAUUACAGCUUCACGCAAUACGCAGACAAUCAGAAGGGCGGCGAGCAAAUUUCGAUCUCAGAAGUGGAAGAUAUUCAAUCAGUACGCCUCGCCGGAAUGGGUCGGAAGUGGAACAGUAUGAGCGCCGAUAAAGAACUCACGGAAGCUGACGAUAUCACAGACGAGCUUGCGGCGAAGCUCGCUGUUGACAAAGAGCACGCUAUGCACAAUAAGAGCAAGGUGAUUUUCAGUAGUGGAGCGAUUCUCGUGACGUUGACGCAUACAGUACCUGGUAAACUCAACGUCAGUCGUGAUGCAAUUGUGUUCGCUGCUGACAGAACCCACGAGAGCGCGAAGGGCCAUCGUAAACAUUUUUGGAGGUGGAGCCUCAGUGAUAUCGAGCAAGUGCAUCACAUGCGGUAUCGCCUUCAACACAGGGCAUUUGAGAUACAUUGCUCAGAUCGCACUAGCGCAUUUUUCGCGUUCGACAGCAAACGCGCCGCUCGUUAUGCAGCAUCGCGCGUUGCAUCGGCUGCUGGUGCGGUAUUGAUGAACAGACGGGCAAAGGCUGAGGCUGCUGAACGCGCAAAAGAGCUCUGGAGGCGCCGGCUGCUGAGCACGUUUGAUUACAUCAUGGCGUUGAACGUCUUCGCCGGGAGGACUUUGCACGACUUGAGUCAGUAUCCUGUGUUUCCGUGGGUGUUGAGGGAUUAUGAUGCCGAAUCGAUCGAUUUGAACGACGUUUCGGUGUAUCGCGAUCUCAGUAAACCCGUCGGUGCGCUCAACGAUGAACGGCUCAGGAGUUUUGUCGAGCGCUUCAAUUCAUUGCUCGAUGACCCCGAUACACCACCGUUCCAUUACGGGAGCCACUACUCAUCAUCUCCAAUUGUGCUUUACUUCCUGCUGCGAUUAGAACCGUUCACAAAGUUGGCGCGUUCGCUUCAAGGAGAUAGGUUUGACAGGGCAGAUAGGCUGUUUCACUCCAUCGCCGAAACGUUCAAGGGGUGCACCGAAUCAAUGGCUGACGUGAAGGAGCUGAUCCCGGAAUUUUAUUACUCUUCCGAGUUCUUGGCGAAUAGUAAUGAUUUGAGACUCGGGGUGCGACAAGAUGGCGCGAGAGUCAGCGAUGUCGUGCUGCCAGCGUGGGCGAAGGGUUCGCGACAUGAGUUCACGCGCAUCAUGCGCGAAGCACUUGAGUCAGAAUACGUCAGUCAGAACUUGCACAAAUGGAUCGAUUUGAUUUUCGGUCACGCUCAACGCGGCGAAGCAGCAGUUGAGCGUUUUAACGUGUUCUACUACCUCACAUACGAGGGAGCCGUCGAUUUAGACGCUUUAGAAGACGAAGACCAACGAAAGGCUAUCGAAACGCAAAUAAUCAACUUUGGCCAAACACCGACCCAGAUUUUCAGGCGACCGCACACCGAGCGUUCAUGCUGUCCUCCAAGUGAGCAUAUUGUCUCACGAUCUCCUGAAUCCUUGUCAUUCGCUACUGCGGUCAUGCCACAUACUCAAAGUCAAACUGUCGUUUGCAUUCGCUCUUACGGCUCGAGCAUCGCCACGGUAACACGUGAUGGUUUCGUUUCAACCUAUCGGUUGCGUACGCCCGGUGUCAAUUGUACCACAGGGAACAUGCACGGCGCCGCGCCGUACGCAUUGGACUCCGAAUCGGCGACUGUGAAACGCAUCGAUGAGUUCGGAUCUGACUCUCUCGCAACCUCGCAAACAGUCAACAUUGCGAUUGACGGCAAGCUAUUGCUGAGCGUCGGUCACUGGGAUCGCAGUAUGCGUAUUUUCGACGUUGACGAGGGGCGCGAGUCACAACGGAUAAGCGCACAUCGAGACGUGACGACAUGUCUCGCCACGUGUGAACGAGGCAAUUCCAGAAGUUGGAAUGAAAGCGCACAGCAAAUGCGGCAACUCAUCGUCGUCACGGGAAGUCGCGACACCACGCUCGCAGUCUGGGAAAUAACUGUCCCUCAAGGGGGCUGGGGACUCUCGAAAGGUCUUUCUCGCGUCAUCAAGGCGGAGCCGAGGCUGAUUUGCUUCGGUCACGACGAGGCCAUCACGUGUGUUGACGUCUGCUCAAAACUCAACCUGGCCGUGAGUGCGAGCGUUGACGGCACUCUCAUUCUUCACGAUAUUCGGGACGGUCGCAUAGUUCGCGCGCUGGAACGUCCUUCGAACGAAGCUGUUCCGUCGUCGGUAGCAUUGCUUUCGCGGUCGUCUCUCGUCGUGUGCGCGUGUGGUUCCUCUGGCGCGCUGUCUGUUCACGACGUCAACGGAGCAACGCUUGCUCGUACGAACAACCGACACGACGCCUUUGAAUCGUUCCGCGUCACGCGCGACGAGCGUCAUAUUCUGACCGGAAAUCGCCGCGGUGACAUCACUGUGCGCACAACGCACGACUUAUCCGUCCGAUCUCAGAUCAACGUCGCCAACGUCGGCAUCGCCUUUAUGGAAACCGUCGGCAGAGACGAGUGUCUCCUCGUCGGCCUUGUCGACGGUCGAACCUGCUUCUGGGCCCCCGCGCUAGCCGAUCGCGAGCGGACAUCAAUGUAA